CACUAUCUGCGGUAUAAAUCACAAACAUUACGUCAGCCCGGCGGAUAUAAAAAGUGGUUUUCCACCGUGACAAGGCCAGUGACACGCCGAAUAUAACGAACACUGCGAACACUGUUUGUCAGGCAGCCACCGGAACCCCGCGAACAGGGAACAGCACAGAGAAUAAAAAAUAAGCCUCCGCAAACAUCCAUAAAAUUUUACUAGCAAUAAAAAACAGUAAAAAGUAUGUGUGAGCAUUGAAGCCGUGCAUACUUACCGAGCGUUUAUUGCAAUAUGUGCUAAUAAUUGACGGCUUAUCGACAGCAUUAUUCGUAUUUUGUAAGAUAGUGAAUAAGUGGUUAUUGUCGAGUGAGUCUAAACUGUGGAGAUGUGUGACGAGGACCUGGUGAAGUGCACAGUGAACGGAGCCGACAGGACCAAGAACCGCCAUGUGCUGCUCACGGUGCCUAAGAACAGACGGAACAGACCGAAAACCCGGUUAAAAGUGAUAAUCACUUUACUCGGCAUCAUGGUGGUAAUAGCGGCUCUGGCAGGCUACUUCAUCGGCAAGGCGGAGUCCAAGAACCGGCUGCGCAUAGAGCCGCCCGACCCGGCCGUGGCGCCGCCCGCGUCCUGGUCCAAGCUGCGGGUGUUCCAGAAGGGCGCCGUGUGCACUGACUCGCCGCAGUGCUCGGAGAUUGGCAGAUCAAUUCUGUCCAAAAAUGGUUCAGCCGUGGAUGCCGCCAUCGGGGCUUUGUUCUGCAAUGGACUCCUCAAUCAACAGAGCAUGGGCAUCGGCGGGGGUCACUUCAUGAUGGUGUACAUCAAGGACGAGGGUCGCGCGUACUCCGUGGUGGCGCGGGAGAAGGCCCCCGCGGCCGCCACACAGGACAUGUUCAACGGAGACUACAAUAAGGGCUCUAAAGGUCCGCUAGCCGUGGCAGUCCCGGGCGAGGUGGCGGGCAUGUGGCUCGCCCACCAGCGCUGGGGCGUCCUCCCCUGGGCGGAGCUGCUGGCGCCCACGCUCGACAUCUGUGAGAAGGGCUUCGUCAUGUCCAAGGUCACCUACGACGGGCUGCAGGACGCCUCGUAUAUUAUUAAUGAUGUCAAUAUGAGGAAGCAGUAUUACGACGAGUACAACAAGAAGUUCCACCCGCCGGGCUCCACCAUCUACCCCGCCAAGACGCUCUGCACCACGCUGCAGAGAAUCGCUGAUAAAGGUGGCAAUGAAUUCUACAACGGCAGCCUGGCGAAAGACAUAGCUGAUGACUUGAAGAGCGCGGGCAGCAUCAUCACCCUCGAUGACUUGAGGAAUUACCAGGCGAAGAUCUCCGAGCCAAUCACGAUCCAGCUGUCAGAGGGGGACACCCUCUACUCCCCCCCUCCCCCCAGCUCGGGGGUGCUACUGGGCUACAUCAUGAACAUCCUCAGCGGGUAUAACUUCACGUCCGAGAGCGUUACCACCACCGACCGCAUGAUACAAACGUAUUAUAGGAUUUUGGAAGCGUUUAAGUACGCCUUCGCGACUAGGACGCGGCUGGGUGAUGUGGACUUUUUGGACUUGCAAGAGCUAAUCCAAAACGUGUCGUCCGUGGAGUUCGCGUCGUCCAUCCGCAUGAAGAUCAACGAGACGAUGACCAGCAACGACACGGACACGUACGGGGCCGACAAGUACAUGAAGGGGGACUCCGGGACCGCUCACAUCUCCAUCAUGGCGCCUAAUGGGGACGCCGUGUCUGUCACCAGCUCGAUUAAUUACUACUACGGCGCCGGCUUCACAACAAAGAACACCGGCAUCAACCUGAACAACGUAAUGGACGACUUCUCCUCUCCCGGCAUCACCAACUACUUCGGCAUAGAGCCUUCGGAGGCCAACUUCAUCCGGCCGGGCAAGCGCCCGCUGUCGUCCAUGGCGCCCGCCAUCAUUGUGGACAGAGAUGGGAACGCGAAGCUCGUGAUUGGCGCGUCGGGAGGCACGAAGAUUAUUACUGCUGUUGCUUUGGUAACAAUAAGGAAGUUGUGGUUCGACCAGACGGUGAAGGAGGCGGUCGAUGCGCCAAGGUUCCAUCACCAGAUCACGCCAAUGGAUGCUGAAUAUGAAUACGGAAUUAUUGAGGACGUGGUGUCCGGCCUCCGCGCCAAGGGCCACGGCAUGGUGCGCUACAGCGGCCGCGGCUCCAUCGUGUGCGCUCUCUUCCGGAACAAGACCGCCAUUUACGCCAACGCUGACUUCCGGAAAGGUGGCGACGUUUCCGGUCUAGAUUAGUUCCUUAUUUAAGCGUCAUCCGCACCAUAGACUAAUUAUUAGUCUAUGCCCACACUCGGCAUUUAUUUUUUACUUUUACACUCUUGUUUGUUGCGGUUUGUUUAGUUUGAAGCUUUAAAUGGAAAUGCCUUAUUGUUAUGGAAGUGCUUUAGUCUCUUUUUGUAUCAAAAAUUGACCAGUGUGUUUCUUUUGAAAUGGUUAACUUGAUAUUUAGCUGUAACUUUAAAAUACUUAUUGAAAGUCAUUCCAGCUAUAGCUUUUGCGGAUCUUGAAUGACGCUAGGAAAAGUGAUAUCUGUAGUCCAAGUGAACUAUAAGUCCCAUUGAAUGGUAAGAAUAGGUAAGGCGUAGAUUAACCUUAUUUUUUGUUAUGCAUGAAAGGUGCUGAUUGUUUUAUAUAAAAUCAUAAAUACUUAUAAAGAAUUCAAAAAUUGCCAUAAAGCUAAGUCAAACACAAAUUAUUAUUAAUUUCUCAGCAUAUCUCGCAUAUAUUGUUUAUUAGAGCCACAAAAAUAACUGUUUUUUACCUACUAUAUUUUUUUAGACCUAUCAUAAUGAUUAAUUGCUCUAAACUCCCGCGCAGAUUUUAUACGUUCUAGAUGUCAGCUUUGUAGGGGACAUUGCAAAUGCAUUAUGAUUGAUUAUUUAAAUGAUGAUUGAAAAUGUAAAUACUUAACAGCCAGGUCUAUUUAUUCCAUAAUAUACAAUAUGAUUGUGUGUUUUACAAACUUCUAUAAAUCGUGACAAUACUGUAGUAAAAAAUAUUAUAAUCCUGAUCGAUAAAAAUAAAAAGGUAGGUCAUUGACCGAACUCAAACGAGAUUUUGGAUAUAAAAGUAUUUUAAACAGUUACUUAAGAAUAAAUUCAGUAUUAAGCCGACCCAGUUAUUAUGAUGUGUAAUAAAUGUGUCUGUAACUCUGUAUUUUACUCGAAUAACGUACAAUUUUACUGUGUUAGUACUCAAUGUAAUCCAUAAUCCAAUGAUACAAAUAUUUCACUAGAGAUAAUGAAUUUUAAAUAGCAAUUUAACAUUGAAUCUUGAUUAAGGCAUGCAAAUAAACAUUUUUCAUGUCAA